AGCAGUAGCACAGGUUUUAAAUGACAGAAGACAGCCGCAGCUUAGGAAUUACGAUCUCGCGCACAAAGCUCUAGUCAAGGUCAUGGAGAGAUUAAUCACUAUUUUUUCUUUACUAUUUAUAAUUCAGAUCACAAAUGGCGCACAGAAAGUCACUUAUGAUGGGCACAAGCUAGUUCGAAUCAUUCCAACAUCAAAUCAUUCACUGACCUUUCUUCAACAACUUAGUUCAGCUUCUGCAGCACUUGAGCUUGAUUUUUGGUCGUAUCCUACAACAUUACGACAACCUGUAGAUAUUCAUGUUUCACCGAACUACCUUCCUGAACUUUCAAAUGUUCUACAGUACAAUAAUAUGACAUACAGGGUUUUAAUCAACGACCUGCAAAGAUUAAUUCAAAAAGAAUAUUCUCCAAGUGCUGUGAAGACAACAUUUAAAAAUUUUGAUGCGGAAUAUCAUUCAUAUCCCGAGAUAUUGGGUGAACUAAGAAAUCUGGUGUAUACAACCAAUCGUGCAAAACUUGUUCUUAUUGGAACUUCAUAUGAGUUUCGUAGGAUAUACGCUAUAGAGAUAUUUGAAAACGAGAGCAAUACUCGACCGUUGAUAUUUCUAAACUGUGGACUUCAUGCACGGGAAUGGUUAAGCCCAGCCACAUGUAUGUUUCUUGUCAGACAGCUGUUAUCUAAUAAUAUGACAUCACUUCGAGCUAACUACACCUGGAUCAUUUUACCUGUCCUGAAUGUGGAUGGUUAUCAAUACUCAUUUACUACGGAAAGAUUUUGGCGAAAAAACCGUUCACCUGGACGAGGUGGAUGUAUGGGUGUAGAUCUAAACAGAAAUUUCAACCAUCAAUGGGGAGGUUUUGGCACGAGUUCUGAUCCUUGCAACAUGUUAUAUCAUGGCAGACAUCCAUUCUCUGAACCCGAGACGUAUGCCUUGGGGCGAUAUUUGUUAUCUCGCAAAAAAGAAGUUAAAGUUUUUCUAGAUAUUCAUUCAUUCGGUCAAUUAUUUAUGUCACCGUGGGGACACACAAGACAAUAUUCACCACAUUAUUUAGACAUACAGGAGCCACUGAUGAAGAGAGUUUCUGAGGCAAUUGCUUCAGUUAAUGGUAAAACGUUUACGUACGGACCUGCGUCGAUCGUUAUUUAUCCAACCACAGGCGAUGCAACUGACUGGACUUAUGCAAGUCUAGGAGUUAUUCAUUCAUACAGCAUUGAGCUACGACCAACGUUUCAAGAUGAAAGAGGUUUUAUUGUUCCUCCUGAACAAAUUGUGGAGUCAGGCAGCGAAAUAUUGAACGGAAUGAUUGAAAUGGUGCGACUGAUUCAAUCUGAAUAAUUAAUUUUACCAUCAAUAAUAUUUCA